UAUUCUACCCAGCGUGCACUGGGCGUGGAAGUAGAAGAAUGUCCUUGUGAAAUGGGAGUGGGUAAAAUAGUGGUUACUUGCGUUGUUCUUGCUGGUAAUUUACAGAAAAAUGGUCUCUUAUGUGCCUAUUAUAUCGAAGAGUUGAUAUAAUUCUAGUAAUUGGUUACACGAACUAUUGAAGGAAACCCAUAGAAACUGCAUAAACGGAAGUUCUUUCAUGAGUGUCGGGCCCAGCCUAGAAACCAGGCCUAUCAAUGAACUCGGGCCUAUGUUUGCAAAUCAUUUGGUGCAUCUGAAUUAUUCCUAGAGUUAAAAAGCCUAGAUUUGUGCUCCACUUAUCCGGAUUACUUAUAUGAGAGGAAGAAAAGAAAUCUCCCAAGAGUUUUAACCUGAAUUUAUCACUGCUUCAUUGGACAUGGCUUUAGGGGCCACAGGUGAUGAGGCAUAUUCUAUCACACCAUGCCGAGUAAUUGGGAUAAUCAUGCACCUUUUGUGAUCUCAUCAUCCAUUGAUGAUUCUAAUGCUAAUAAUCUUCUCAAACCAGGGAAACAUAAGGAGCAGCAGCUCGAAUGGGGUUUGAAUGGCCCCGCAGAUCAUAAGCCUGAUCACACAUCAAUGAAGGUCGCUAUGACGAGUAGCAACCAGUUGGUCGACUCUUGUCUGCUGGUGAACCGGCGGAUAGAGCAACGGCAGGAGCACAGCAUCACCCACACGGAGAUUACACAGAGGAGAGUGCUGCAGGAAAAAACCCCUGAUAUGCCACAAUAUACAGGGCAGCCAGAGCUGCAACAGACUAGUUCAUAUUCAGUGGAUGUGACGUACCAUCCAACAAAUGGCCACCCGGACAAUCACUCGCCAAAUUCCUCUCACCUGUCAGUGCAGAGUGGCGAUGCUGCAACUCUUGUGUCUCGCACGCAGAAGCAGCAGACUACACAGCAGGUGACAACGUUGACGAAAGUUGUGCGAGAAGUCCAUCAUGUGGGGCCAGAUGGACAGCCUGUGGACUAUGUGGGUGUACCUUAUUCUGGGGUUACUGUUCUUCCCACAUCCACAGCACCUUCUAACUACCCUCACACGCAGUUUGCAAAUUAUGAAAUCCUGGCCAGUCAGGAGCCAUAUCCUCCCUUGGAUCCAGCUCGGCGGUAUCCGGAACCUUAUCGCCAAACCUACCAAGAUUAUGAACAAUAUCCACCAAGGCCAGAGUAUCCUUAUCCAAACCCACCAUAUCCUGGUGCCUUCCCAGCUUAUGGGGACAGUGCCAACUAUGUGGAACAGCCUGGCUAUGGAGAGCGACCGCCGACUCCACCUAGUCCCAGUGAGCGCAGUGAAUCGCCCCCACUGCAGCAGGCAUUACAGCAUGAUUACCUUCGAAAAGGUGCACCCUUCCCUCAGUCUGGAUAUGAUGAAUUGGAUUCAACACUAAUUCCUCCACGCCAAGAUCAUUACAGGAUAACACCAUCACCAGGAGGUCCUGUUGAUCGAUAUGAUCAAAUUACUCAUCCCUGGAACAUAGAUGACUCAGGGGAACCUUCACAACUACCACAUGGAGAGGAUCCCAAACUAGUGUAUGGGUAUGCUCCCCCUUCUCCAUACGGCACCGUUCCAGCCGCAUAUGGUAGCAAUGGUGCAGACCCCAGAUUGUAUGAAGAAAAUGGCCCACCUCCAAGAACUAUCUUUGAGGAUGAGGAAGAACUACGAAAACAUCUCUCAAUGCAUACCUCCAUUCCUUCUCCUUCAGUUGAUGAUGAACAAAGGGGAAUGCGGUGGCGUGAUCCAAACCUUACAGAAGUUAUUGGCUUCCUCAAUAAUCCAAAUAAUGUAAUAAAAGCAAAUGCUGCAGCAUAUUUGCAACAUUUGUGUUACAUGGAUGAUCCAAACAAACAGAAGACUAGAUCACUGGGUGGAAUUCAACCGUUGGUGGUGUUACUAAAUCAUGACAGUCCAGAUGUCUAUCGAAAUGCAUGUGGAGCAUUAAGGAAUUUGUCUUAUGGGAGACAAAAUGAUGAAAACAAAAGAGCUAUAAAAAAUGUUGGUGGCAUUCCUUCUCUUAUAAACCUGUUACGGAAAUCUUCCGACGGUGAAGUGAAAGAGCUUGUAACAGGAGUCCUGUGGAAUCUGUCAUCUUGUGAGGAUCUGAAAAGGUCAAUAAUUGAUGAUGGACUAUCAGUUGUUGUAAACAAUAUUAUCAUUCCACAUUCGGGUUGGGAUCCAACAUCUGCUGGGGAGACGUGUUGGUCCACAAUAUUCCGGAAUGCAUCUGGUGUUUUAAGAAAUGUUAGUUCUGCAGGGGAGUAUGCAAGAAAGAAGUUGAGGGAAUGUGAAGGUUUAGUGGAUUCAUUACUUUAUGUUGUGAAAUCAGCCAUAGAAAAAUCCAACAUUGGCAACAAGAGUGUCGAGAACUGUGUUUGUGUUCUACGUAACUUAUCCUACAGAUGCCAAGAAGUGGAGGAUCCAAACUAUGACAAACAUCCUCUUCCAACACAAAGCAGAGUUGGAGCACAGCCGAAAGGUGACAACUUGGGAUGCUUUGGUGCCAGUAAAAAGAAGAAAGACACACAACCUGUUCAGCAGAAGGAAGCAGCUGGCACCAGUCGAAGCACCACACAGAGAACGGAGCCUGUCAAAGGAAUGGAGCUUCUGUGGCAACCUGAGGUUGUGCAAUCCUACCUUACUCUGCUGCAAAGUUGCUCAAAUCCUGAAACACUAGAAGCUGCUGCAGGAGCCCUACAAAAUCUGGCAGCAUGCUACUGGCAACCGAGUAUUGAAAUUCGAGCAGCUGUACGCAAAGAAAAGGGGCUUCCAAUCCUUGUUGAAUUGUUACGGAUGGAGGUGGACCGUGUUGUUUGUGCAGUGGCCACAGCCUUGAGGAACCUAGCCAUUGAUCAGCGCAACAAGGAACUCAUAGGGAAAUAUGCUAUGCGGGAUCUUGUGCAGAAGUUGCCAUCAGGAAAUCCACAGCAUGACCAAGGCACGUCAGAUGACACAAUAGCAGCGGUACUUGCAACUUUGAAUGAAGUCAUUAAAAAGAAUGCAGAAUUUUCAAGAUCUUUGCUGGAAGCUGGAGGUGUAGAACGUCUAAUGAACAUUACGCGGCAGAGGCAGAAAUACACUCCAAGGGUACUCAAAUUUGCUGGUCAAGUUUUGUUCACUAUGUGGCAGCAUCAAGAAUUAAGGGAAGUUUACAAAAAGCAUGGUUGGAAAGAACAAGAUUUUGUGACUAAAACAGUUGCAGCAAGAAAUGCAGGUCCAAAUUCUCCAAAUAAUGCCAACAGCACAUUAAAUCGUCCAAUGGCAAGCCAGGGAGGUACACGGUAUGAAGACAGAACAAUGCAACGAUCUGCUAACAUGAACAGUGCUUCUCGAAGUCCUGGGCCUUCCAUUUACCAGCGGGGUGAAGAUAUUCCUAUGGCAGACAUGUCAUACCCAGAAGGAGGCACCCAUGCCCCACCUCCAGGAGGUGUCCGAGCUUAUCCUCCAGCUCCACUAGCCAAGCCAGGAGAACCUCUCUACGCUCAAGUAAAUCGGGAAAAGAAAAAGAAUCGUCAGUAUGAAGCAGGUGCACAGCCACAGUAUGAUGGCCAACUCCCUCCAGGUCCAGGUGACAUGUGGGGAUAUGAAGAACCAGUAAAGGGGAUGGUGAUGGAUGGCCACAGGAGUACUCCGGCUGGCGGGGAUUCAUGGGUCUGAAACCCAACGAUGCACUUUCAGGACACUUACAUGCCAACACUGUUUUCUAUAAUUGAAGUAUCGUAACAAGUUGGAAGAAAUGUAACAAACCUGUCUAUAAGAUGGCUGGAAAGUGCUCAGUGUAUCCACAGAAUUCUGUUUUAAAAUUAUUAGUGUAUAUUUUACUGUUGGUACUGAAAUGAAGUAACUGUACAUAUAUAUUUGUCAUUUGAAUGGUUACAUUGCUUUAAAUCCUCCUUCCCCCGCCACCACACCCCUAGUGUGAGGUGUGGGAGCAGUUCUUGCCUGUGUUGGUGAACCACCUGUUGUUGUCAGGUUGGUGAGAGUGCCAUCCAAAGACCCCUAAUGAGUCUUUUUCUCAGGUUCAGGGUUACUAUUGAUAUGAAACGUUGAGAAAUAUGUGUGUUGGUGUUAGAAUGAGCAUUCCAUUGAUAUAUAUUAUAUAUGUUGUCCUUGUAUUGAUACAGCUACAGAAGGAACCCACCUUUGUGUUAGUGUUUUAUAAGUGUCACUAUGGACAUGUAAGAACCUCAUGGGGAAUUGGAAGACAGUAUCCAUAAUUUACCCUCGUGAAACAGUGGUCUAGGUAAUAUUUGUGUAUACCUUCUAAGUAAGACAACAACAUUAGUAGUCUACAGCUUAUACAUGGUAUGUAGGUACAAAUGAUGGUCUUGAAGAUUUGUCCCAAACAUCUUUGAAGCUAUCAGGAGAAACAUACUUAGAACUAGUUAUACGUGCCCACAGUAUGAUAUAUUGGGUUGAUCAGCUUGUUUGUUUUGUGUCAGCUGUUGCCAAGAUUUGAAACAUUGCAAGUGGCUGGAAUGAAUUUGGGAUAGAUGUGUUGAUCCUUGUAAAAUUUUAAAUCUGUACAAACUCUAAAAUAUGGUGUCAACUGGCCAAACCAAAGUUUGCGGAUUUUUUUACAGUGUAUAUGGCAGAGGUUAGUCUCUGGGAUCUUACUUACAUUAGAAGCUCUGUUAUAUCUGUCACUUGUUACUUCUGCCCCCAAAUACAGCUGGUCCUUUUGAAUACAUGUAUUUCAGUUGUCAGAAUUUUAGUUUAGCAUUACAUUGUACUUUUCUAUGGAUAUUAUAGCUUUUACUUGGUAUUAUUUUAUUGUACACAAAUUUCUGCAUUGCACAAAUGAUGGUGAGUCGUGACUUAACUAGAGGUAGGCCUACAGUCUCAUCCCUUUUACAUAACAGUUAGGACACUGCAUUUCAGAUGCCUCAACAGAAUUUUACCCUUUCACAGCAUUUUAAUUGUAAUAACUGAAAUGGUGUGUAAUAACUUGUUAGGUGACAGAACUCUGUUCUCAAAUGAUAUUGAGAGAUGUGUAAUCUUACAAAACAGAACUUAGUUCUUCAAACACUGGAGAAAAAUCUACAUAAAAUAAUGUAUGUUCCUAGUUUUUCAGCUAUUUGUUCUUGGAAAGUGAAACUAAUCUGAAUGAUCAUGAUCUGCUGCGUUUCAACAAUGUGCAGUCAUUUUUGUGGUUACUAGUGUGUUUUGGGAGAGCCUGCUCCAUUUCCCUUUUACCCUGAAGUAGAGGCAGCAGGUUCCUCCAAAAGUUUGAUAACUUUCUAAGUAACUGUGUGGUGUUGCAAUGUGGAUCACAGUCUAAAUUUUCACCACCAUAGAAACCUAAAAUCUCAUAAUGUUUGUCUUGGUGCUUGUGAAUGUAUUAUAUGUGAUUUGAAAAUGUUAUUUAUUACAUGCCGUCUGAAGUGAUUUGCUCCUUUCCAGAGUGUAAGGGUAACAUUUUCUCAUACAAUCACAGAACUUUGCAAGUGCCUAAGUAGAUUUUUCCAUAGUAUUUUAUUUUAUUCAAAAUAUACUUAAUUGCAUACACAUUCUAAAAUAAAAUGCAGGCUUUGAAAUGAGAUUAGGCCUUUCUUACUUUGUGGUUGUAAAAUUUAUACCAAUGAAAGUAGUUUGAAACAUGUUACAUUUGCUUGUUGCUUUGAAGUUUGACAAAUUUGGAAGUUUUUGAGUAUUACUUCACUAUGUUGAGAAGUAAAAUAAAAUGCUAGCUUUUUAUUUUAAAUUUCUGAUUGUGUACUGUACAUUGAGAUUGGAUUAAGUUCAGUUGGCACUCUGUAUAAUGUUAAAUUGUUUUACAUAGUUUAUUUGGGGCAACAGUUGUUGUAAAAUAAACAUAUUGUAAAAGUGUAUACAUAACAUUAGUGCCCACAGAAUUUAUAAUACUUUUCUUCUUCUUUUUCUGUAGAUGAUAUUUAAGAGAAACCUAUCUUCAGGCAUCCAUUUUGAGUUUGAAGUUUUUGUGUUUGAUAGGCAGCUUGAGAAACUAAGUGCAUUUAUCACAAUUUAGUUGCUAAAUUGACACAUGAAUAAGUUUGAAUUACAUGUAUACAGAUGUUAAAACUUUGCUCAGAAUUUUAUUUAUUUAUCUGUGAAAGACUAAUAUGACAAUAUAGUGAGAUUUUAUAUUGAAGUUAGUAUGUGUUUAUUCUUUCAUUUUAGUGGGGGCAUUGGUGUUUGAGCCAUAUUUAGUACAGAUAUAUUCAUGUGAGAAUUAGUAUGUUGGUUAUUUUGUAUUUCAAAAUGUAUGCCUAAGAAAAGGACUCUGAUCAAAACUGUCAGCACAGAAGUAUAUAGAGUGUUUUAUUAUAUAUGUGAACAGAAAAAUCUUUGAAUUAAGAGUCUCAAUAAAAUUUGUGCUAUUGAGUAUAUUUUAAUUUUAAUAGUGGGUUUAAAUUCUCUUCAGUUGGUAAAUUUUAUCAUGUUUGAGGUCCCUUUUCUUUUCUGAUUUAGUUUGAUUAGUAUUAGGGUAUUUGUAAUUGUGGAAGGUUCCAUUCCAUGAAUGAACAGAUAUUGUAAUCAUAAUACUAACUGGCAUUGAAACUCCAGUAUGUACAUUCAAAUCAUGUUUCUAUAGCUCAUGUGAAGUAGACCCAUAUUGAAAUGAUGGUGAAAUGAGAAUUCAGGAUCUGCAAAUAGAAUUUUAUUUUAAAUAUUUUAAUAAUAGUUACUCAGUUCCUUGCAAAUUGAAAAUGGGCAUUUUAAUUUCUCUCCUCUUGGUGGUCUAAUCAGAUUCCAGUAGAGAUGAGAGUUUCUUCUGCAGCAUCUCAAGAAUUUUAUUUACAUUUUGUUCAGAUUGGUAUGAGGUACCAUAUAACUUUUAGUUAGUCCUAUAUCAUGCGCAGGAUGUUCAUAGCAGUUACUUCAUAUAUGUCUGUAGGUAACAGCAGCACAAGUAUUUGCUGACACAAAUUGACCAGUAUCUGCACAUCAAAAAGUUUGUGAUGUUUCAAUAGUGUUUCUCAUUUUUACUUAAGUAUGUUCAUGGAGGAUUUGAAUGAGAUCUAGAAAUGAUCCAUGAGAAUGUGACUAAAUAUAUUUCAGAAAGUGUUAAAGAUUAUUAAGAGACAUGUAAUUUUGAUUUUUAUUAUAACUUGUUCAUAUUUCCUGGAUGAUUGUAUUAUAUAUGUGUGUCAGUUAUUAUGUUGCCAGGACCAGAGUACAUACAAAUGUGUUGGAAGACAAAUAGGUACAUGGCAUUUUUUAUGUUUGUGUCUCUUCUGAACAUCCAGUUCACAUUGUUUUCCUAUUACAAGUAGCUAGUAAUGUCUCUAGACUUGUAAUCCAAAGCUGGUUCUAUGUUUUGGUGUUAAUUGUAAGUAUGCAUGUGUUUUGGUUUGUGAAUGUCAUAGCUACAUUUCAACCAACGUUUUGGACAGUACUGUGGUUCUACUGCCCAUUUAUUUUCAGAUAGGGUGUUCCAUUCAAAACCGAGUUGUUGAGAAUAGCAGCCAUUUAACGUAAUGUGGUAUGAUCUGUUCAUUGGUUGGUAUCUAAUACCCCCAAAAUAUGGCCUAUGAUGACCUAUCCUGGCCUCAACUUACCCUGGACAAGUCUAUAAUCCAUUUCUGUGGUGUGGGGACACUGAUAAAUAGAAAUCUUUUUAAAGGUUUCUGAUGAUGGUGUAAUACAAUCUGGAUUGUUCAGUUUCUGGACUUUGUCCAUCUUCUGGUGUUGUAAAAUUACACAUGGUUUCAAGAACUGGACUUGUCCUCAUCUUCAGGUGUGGAGGUGAAGGGCACCUGCUCUGUGGAGUCUGUUAGAAUGAGCUAAUCUCAGUCACUGGAUAACCUAGGUUAAUCUUAUCUCCCAUUGACAUAAGCUGAUCUCAGGUGCUCAUACAUUUGUAGAUGUUUUGACCUAAGUUGUCCAGUGAUUGAGAUUAGCUCAUUCUAACAGACUCCACAGAGCAGGUGCCCUUCACCUUCACCACACCUGAAGAUGAGGACAGAUCUGGUCCUUGAAAUGUUGUGUAAUUUUUGACAUCAGAUCAUGUACAAGUUCCAAAAACUCAACAGUAAAGGCUGAUAGGUAGAUUCAAUCAGACAGCAAUUAUGGAGACUCUUGUUAGCAGAGGGGAGCUGUAGUUUAGGUGCUGUCCUGGUGUAUUUCACUUUUGCAAAGUUCUAUGUGGCAGAAUUAAGACUUUAGUAGACUGUUAUCAGAAAAUUUUCAUGCAGAUCUUACUGGGAAUCAAACUCAACACCUUGACAAUCCAUCAUCUUAGACCACCAUAUAAUGGCUGAAUGCUCCAUGUUCACCAUAAGGAGCUCAGGGCAUCUGCUCAUUCUUCACUUUUGAUACAGAGGAUGCAAACUGGCUUUUUAUAGGUUUAGAAAUUAUGUUAUCUACACAACCCUUUUCCAAUACCACAGAUGUGAAGAAUAUGAGUUUGGUAAGUUUAUUUUACAGGAAGCUAUUAACUUUAUAGAUUGUCAUCUUACAUGUCACUUGUUUUAAAUAUAAUAUGAAUUCUGUGUUCUUACAGUCUCAUUACAUCCAGCAUGAGUGCUGGCUGUUACAGGUGUACUUGCAUAAAGUAUCUGAACAUUGUCCAAAUUAUAUAUGCUUUGCUGUAGAAGUUUAUAAUAAUACAACAUGCUAACCCUACCAGUGAACAUGAGCAGAUGGCCACAGUAUGAGAGCAGUGUGUUGCACAUGGAUAUAUAUGCCCCUUUGCUCUGUCUGUACAAAUUUACCUGUCAUUUUCAUUUGCAAGGUGGCCUAUGAAGCUCAAUUUUAAUAGAAGAAUUCUUGAUUUGGGUUCUGUGAAUGCUGAGAAAAAUGCAGUAUUUAAUAUCUGCCCAACAGAAUGCAGACUGCUAACCAGCAAAAGGUUUCUUCAUGGCAAGUGGAUGGGGAAAUUAUGUAUUUCUUCCCUUUUCACAAUUUUCUCUUAACUUUAUUCUAGCAUGUAGUCCUCCUUGCUAAUUGUAUUACAGUUGUCAUCUCUGGAAUUUGCAGCUGAUGUCUUUUGGAAUAAGCCAGUGAAGUAAUAAAUGCUCAAAUUUUUGUUUCAAUUAUACAAGUCCCACCAUACAUACAUACAACCUGUCGCAUUGAAAGAAAACUUCUCUGGGUUCAGUUAACCAUAGUGGAGUAUCCAAAAUGGCAAGGAAGGUUAUGUCAUAUGUCAUGGGAAAAUUUCUUCUGUUCCCAGUUUUAAUGUGGGUGACCAUAUCUUUAUCUUGUAUAUUAAUGUGUAAUUAUUUCUGUUCAGAUCAUUAAUAGUGAUUAAUUAUUGUUAUUAAUGUUAAUAUUUAUGAUUAAUGUUUAUAACAAUAAUUACUGUCAUGAUUCAUUAUUAAUAGCAUUUGUUUUUAAUAUAACUAAAGUGAAUAUCUAUAACCAAAAUGCAAGGGGAGAUGUUCGCCUUUAAAACUCUAGAUGUAGGCUGUCAACAGUAAAGCAAUAUUUCAUCUGUCUGUAUUUUUUUUACAAAAUACCAACUUUAGUAAAACCUCUCUAUAAUGAAGUUGAGGUAUCUGAACUUUGUUAUAUUGAGAUAUCUUGCAUGUAGGUUCAUAAAAUAAAAUCAAACAUCUUAUCAUAUAAUUCCUUUACUGAAUUUUCACAUUUAAGAUUUCCAAGAGUUCCAAUACAACUUCAGUAUUUGGAACAUAAUUAAUUUAGGGCUUCUAUAUUCCUAUUUUGUGGAAUGCAGAAGACCUAUCAUUACAUUACAUUUAUUUUUGUAUGUAAUGUAAAUUUUCUGUACACUCUAUCAAAUGCAGUUGUGAGCAGUUAUUAUGUGGGCUACUUACACAGAUGAUGCAGUAAAAAAUUUCACCUGCUCAAGUACAGAAGAAGGUUGUAGUUAGAAAAGACUGUUGUCGGGAACCAUCUAGUGUUUGAAAGAUAGUGUAUAAACAGUAUUAAAAAGUUCAUUGUUUGAAUAAAGUCUUCUAGUCCAUA